GGGGACACUGAAGGUGAUGGAGAGUUCCCAUCCGAGGUAGGGAGCCCUGAGAACAAACCUCUGAUUGAUACCCACAGGGAUGGAGCAUCCCUGCUGCACUUGUGCUGCUGGGGCAGGCCCAUGGCAUUGUGUCACCGGCACUCACCCUAACCACAGUGCCCAGGUCCCUGGGAGGUGUCCCCAGGAGAUCCGGGUCACCAACCCAGGUAGGGAAUAACACAUCUUCUUUCCGGAACACAGAGCUCAGCUCCUGCCAAAAGUCCCCGGGGGACCCAGCAUCAAAGCGUGGUCGUCAUCAGGGGAAAAUGCAACGUGACUUGUUCCUCCUGCUGCUCCCGGUCAGGUUUCUCCCUCCUAUUACAGGUUUGCAGCAAACAGGAGGUGAGUCAGGGCUUGUGGGGCGGGAGGCGACGAUGGAGCUGGGGAGGGAGCAGCUGCUCAGUGAAAGGUGAGCUGGUGCUAGGCAGGUGAAUCAUUCCGUGGGGAAAAUCGAUCAUAAUCCUCACAAGCAGCGCUGGCAGUGAGGCACAGCUUGGCUCGUUCAGUAAAUUGCAGAGCAAAGAGAAAAACAAGGCAAGGCUUUUUUAUUUUUUUCUUUUCUGAGGCAAUAAAUUGUGAGGGAGCAGCCUGCGAAGCUGCAGCAGCCGCGUUCCCUGGGCUCCUUAAAAGGGAGAUUUUAGUCCGGGACAGAAGGGAGACAGCAAAGCCGUAAACACCCUUGCAGGAAUGUGGCUGCUGAGAAAUGAGGCUCCCGCAGCAGUGGGGGGAGCAGAGCCGUGCCGGGUGCCUUGGCCAUUCCCACAUCUGGUGGUCCCCAGGGAGCUCUGACCCAGUGCUGUGUCCCUGCAUGCCCAGGUCCGUGCCAUGCACACGUCCCCAUGGCUGGCUGGUGGCGCGGGAUGUGACAGAGCCACAGGGCGAGGGGCGGCUGCUCGCAUCAGUGACUGCCCUGUGCGUUUGGGUAGGGGGUUCCCUUUUUACUCUUCUGAUCUUUUCACUCCCACAGGAUCUACAGACUGCCUCUCAGGGAUACUUGUUGCUGACGUAGCCCUGCACUUUUCUCCCACACCAGCAUGUGUUGCAUUUCCACUGAAGCCAGCUGGCAGGGACGGCUGCACGGACGCUCGGGUCGGAGCCACUGACUUUGGAUGGGCUGCCAGAGCUGGGUGAAGGCAUGGCUCACCACGAGCCCUGCGGCACUGGACCUGUCACGCUGAUGUCACCACGCAGCCUCAGCCCCAGGGAGCCAGGAGACACUUGGCACAGGGCUGGGGGCAGCGUGGGACUGGGACAGAUGCUGGUGUCCAGAAGGACCGCAGAGGAAGAGCCAUCCCACCACACAGGUUCUGGUGUCACAGAAGCGUGAGGUCACAGCCCGUGACACUGUGGCCACCAGCAGUGCCAAGAACAGCCCCCAGCACCUCUCCCCACAGCUUUGCAUUGCCAUCCAAGGCCCCAAAAUGAAACCAGCUGCACCCCAGGAGGCUGGAGACCCAAGGGACAAGCCCUGCCCGCUGUGCACCAUGGAGCAGAAAAGCCGCCUCUGGAAAGCACUGAAGUCACUGGCGCUGCUUCGGCUGCUGAGGAGCACAAACCGCAGGGUGCAUCGGCUGCACGCGGUGGCUGUGCGGUGCUGGCGCUCGCUCACGGCACAGGGGCUGCCCGGCAUUGUGGCAGUGCUCCCCAGGGAAUGUCAUCACCUGCCAGAGCUGGAGGAGGCUGCCGGCAGCCCGGAGGAGGCUGCGGACAGCCCCGAGACCAGCUCGACCAGCAGCACCAUGGAUGCACCAAUGGACCCAGAGACGAGGACAUCACCAGCAGCCGCGGAAGCCAAGCAGGACUUACUGGGGACUCUGCCCCAGCGCUUCCACAUGCCGGCCCCCAAAGUGCUGUGCCGGCCUUCAGCCCAGCGCUGGGUCAAGCCCUGCUGUACCCGCUCCUGUGGAGAGAGCCUGGAGCGCACGCUCACCAUCCGCUACCCCCGGUGACCACCAUCGGACUGCCUGAGGAGUUGGAGGAGAGCUGCCAGGAGACCUGUGGGGUGAUGCACUCAGCCUUCUGCUAUGAAUAAAGGGAGUGGCCUAUGGCUUACCAAUAAUGACUGUCUGCCUCAGAGCUGCUUUUAGUUUGGGUUUCCACUGUGCUUGUAAGGGGUUUCCGCUCGCCUUGGAUUCAGGGGAUGGAGAAUGCUGGGGGUGCCAGAGCAGCCCCCCCCCCCCCCCCCUCCCAGGUGCAGGGAUAGAUGUCUACAGAGAGGUGGAGGUCUCUCCUCUGGGCACCCCAGGACACGCUGUGCUCAUCCCCAUGGGGCUCAGACACCGCCAGCCCCCAUAGUGAUGCUGUCAAAGCACCAGAAAUCUCCUGCUCCCAUCUGGGCUGGGGUAACCGAAGAGUGACUCAUUGGACAAAAGCCAGGAUCGGGCUGUAAAGAUGCACAGUACCGUGUAAUCCCCUUAAGGAUAUUACAGCAAUGGGAGCUGCUGGUGCCAGAAUCAACAAAGAGGGUUUUAUAGCUGGAGGUGCUAAAGUUGAAGGCUUUGAAGCCACACACACUUCAGGCUUUGUUCAACGUGAUGCACUGGGUUACCCCGGGGGGCCCAAAGCACAGCCUGAGAGCGUGGCUGCAGCCCCACAGCAAUGGCAGCUCUCAGAGCAACACUGGGACAAGCACAGAAAGCACCAAAUGCAGAGCAAGGGCACAGGGAGAGAGCAUGAACCCAGAGCAAUGCUCACUCUGCCCAGAUUUCCACUGCUGGAGGGCCCUACUGCACAUUUAGGGUGACAUGUGAGAGCCGCAGCCUGGUUUGACAGUGGCUUUUAGCUCUGCACAGAGCAGUGUGUGCUGCACAGCACGCCGGGGCCAGCCCAGCAGAUGGCAGUCAGAUCGCAUGGUGUUGGGGCUGCACAGCAGCAUGGGGUUGCACAAUUAGGGAUUCGUGGAAAGGGACGGGAUUGCACAGUGCUGGGAAUUCGAGGAAGGGACAGGGCUGCACAGCUGAGGGUUUCUGGGAAGCAGCAGGGUUGCAUGAGUCUGGGAAGCUUAGCAGGGGGUGGGGUGUGGGAUACCAGGUGCACCCUAACCCUUGAGACCCCAAAUCCCACAGCUCCCCGUGCAGCUCCAUGUGCUGAGCCGUCUUUUCCCAGGCUAGGGGGGCAAGUGCUGGCAAAGGGGUGUAAUGGGAUCCACGGGCACAGGGCAUUUAGAUGUGAGGUGCAGGCUGCAUGCAGCCAUGAGUGCUAGCAGAGGGCUGCAGUGAGAACUGGGCUGCCCGUGGGCACUCAUUAGCAGCGGCUCAGCCUCCUUGUUAAUUAACCAUGGCCAGCCCCACUAAUUAGCUGCGGCCAGAGCUGGCUGCCCUCUUCAUGGAGGUGGGCGGGGAUCCUGCAGGCCAUGGGGGUACCAGGGCUGGAGCACAGGUAGUGGCAUGGGGCGGCAGUGGGGCACGGCUGCGUUACUCGUGGCGCUGGGGCACCUGGCCAUGCUGCUGGCAUCGAGCACCGCCUGCUCCAACGUGUACCGAAGGGUCUCUGACUGCGUCCUGAAGCUGGGAGAGAGCAUGGCCACAUACGGGGAGGAGGACAGCAUGGAGCUGCAGGGGCUGCGCAGGGUCUGUGGGUACUGGGAUGAAUUUCACGCCUGUGCCCUCACGGCGCUCUGGGAGUGCCAGAAGGAAGCAGCAGCCAUCUGGGAGAUGCUGAGGAAGGAGUCCCGAAAGAUCAAAUUCCAAGGCAGCCUAUUUGACCUCUGCAGCCCCAGCACAGCCCAAAGCUCUGCCUGGCCCUGCGUUCCCAACGUGUCAGUCCUUAGCAUCCCCCUCAUCAUCACUUGGCUGAACUUAUAGACCUCAGCUCCGUAAGUACCACAGCAAAGGUGCUGGCAGCACGCUGGGGCUCCUUUCUGAUCAUUUGCUUUUCCAGACCUUUGAGGAGCGCAGUGUGCAGUGCCCAGCAGGCUCUCAGCUCUGUCCCAUGUCUGUGAGACUCUGAAGAGUUCAGCAGCAUCUCGUGGGUUUUGCUAUUUCUCUGUAAUUUGGGACAUUUGAUCCCUUUGGCCUCAGGGCACAAGCAGAGCUCUGGCUGCCUGCAGAGGAUCUGGGGGGAAAUGGGAAGCGAGUCAGGAGCACCAGCUUCUUUUUGGACCCUUCCACGGCCGUUGGAUGGAAGCCCGUUUGUUCAGCUGCCUGUUUCCACAAUGUCAGCCCUCCAGGUUUUUGAUUUGGGUGCUGAGAACUUGUGAGGUGCAGGGGAUGGUGUACGUUCUGCAAAGAGCACAGAGGCGCUGGCCUUCUUUCUGUGAGGACGCAUUGAAAACCCCACUGAAGAAUAGUCACAGGUGCACGACCCCUUUCCUAGCACACAUCUGAACUCCUGAGUAAUUCCUGUAUUACGUGUAGGUCACUUUUCUAAGGAAAUGAAAAGGCAAAAAAAUCUUUGGGGGGGGAGAGAAGGGGGGGAAGGAGGGGAGAAGAUGUCGAGCAACCACGACAAAACCUUUCUAUGGUAACUCUUUUGCUUUGCUGUUGUUCCCAGUAGUAGUUGUAAGCAGCUCUGUGGGUGACUGUGUGUAAUUUUAUAGCAUUAAAUUCUGUUGCAGAGGUUGAA